AUGAAAACAUACAAAUUGUUAGCACAACCCCAUCAAAACAGCCUCCAAUCCACGCAAUUAUCAAAUUGUCUUCAAAUAAUGAGCGUGGUAAGAACAAGACUUCAGGUACUUCAUGAACUUUCGAUAAUAUCCAGUCAGGAUAUAAAUAUCAAAGGUAUUCGGGAUAUCUUAAGUAACGUCUUGUAA